CCGCCGGCGGCGGCAGCGGCCAGGCAGACGAAUUUGGCAAUGGAGAAUCGCAGCUUGUAUGAACCGGGAAGCAACAACGUCAACCGGAAUAAUGUUGAGAUACCGGUUGAACCGCAGGUUCACCGUCAGACCAGUUAUAUUCCUAAUCCGGCUUGGCAGUUUGUAGCUGAACCGAUGCCAGUUUACUAUGUUCCCGGACCGAUGAUGCCUGGCGGGAGCUUGCCGGUCCAGCCAUUGCCGAUGCCCUUCCCAAUACAGGCGCAUGGGCUGGCGCCGGUUGGCUAUCCGCAACCGGUUCAAGGUGUAGUGGGGAAUCCCAUUCAAGGAAGUCCGGUUUAUUAUGCGGGGACCCAGAUGAUUGGCGCGGCUUAUGAGUACCCGGUGGCAGGUGAGGGCCAGGUGCCGGAGUCUGUAACAAGCGGAGGUUUGAUGAUAAAUCCGACUUUUUUGCCGUUCUAUCAGACGAUUCAACCGGCGGAGCUGCCAGGCGGGACUUCUCAAUAGUUAUGGACAAAAAUAAUUGAAGGUUUAUAGCUUUGUGUGUUUAUUGCAUUUUGGGUGUUUUUUUUUUCUUUUUCUAUAUCUAUCACUCAAAUUCUGUGUAUUAAGAUAUCAAUCAUAUAAAUUUUAAUUUUUAUCUACUAUGAC